UCUCGAUCAAUUUUGGAUCAACAUCUUCACUGACAAGUUACUGAAGGUGGUUAUUUUGCCCCCAUCUGGUCUUUCUCAUCCAUGUAGGAAACUGUCCAAGAUGAACAUUCUACUUUAAAGUUCUGUGAAGAGAGUGGAUUAUCCAUUGCUCUGGAUGAGACUAUUGAUAACUGUCGACACAACCCUCUCAAAAUGCUUGCAGAUUAUGUUCAUCCAGGAAUAGCUGUUGCUGUAAGUGUUUGUUAGGCUGGAAGCCCUUUUAUUUGCUCAAGUAUUCUUGUAGUACUUAACUACGGUGGGGAAGCUCUGAAAAAAUUAAAUUUUAUUCAAGCCCUUUUGGAAGAUUUCAUGUUUAUUUUAUGCACGUCUCAGAGGUCAUUAAACCAAGUGUGCUUGGUGGAUUUGAGACCUCAGCUAUGGUCAAUCGGUGGGCUCAGCAUCUGGAGAUGCUGGCUGUCAUGAGCUCUACCUUCAAAAGCAGUGUGGGUUUAUCAGCACACAUUUUGUUUUCCCAUUUUCUUGCUCUACAUCAAGCAAAGUUAAUCAAAACGAGGAACCACAAAGUUGAUCCACCCAUAGCACAUGAUCUUGGGACUUAUCAGAGGCUCAAAGAUGAUGUGACAACUAAUCCUCUGAAGAUUUCUCAUCAUUUAAAUAGUGAGUGUGUAGAAGCAAAUAUAGCUGAUACCAGUAGACUGCUUCAGAAUUUUCGGGUCAAUCGCAAGGUUAUAGUUAGAAAAUCUACCGAUGAGGAAGUCCAUAGAUACAACUUGAUGGCGAACUUGAAGGGCAAUCAGUGUUCAAUCAAUGUGAUCAGGGUAGGGCAAGAAACUCAGGACAAUGUACUUGUGUUCCUUCACGGUUUUCUAGGAACUUGUGAAGAAUGGAUACCAAUAAUGAGGCCAUUUCUGGAACAGCUAGAUGCAUUUCUAUUGACCUUCCUGGCCACGGGAAUUCAGUUGGCCAAUCACAUGCGACUGAAGAAGCAGCUGAGAAACCAAGACUGUCUAUUGAGAUUAUUGCAGAUGUGUUAUGCAAUGCGCUACAACAGAAGAUCGUUCUUUUUGGAUAUUCGAUGGGAGCAAGGAUAUUGUUGUAUAUGACCUUGAAAUUUACUGACAAGAUUAAAGGAGCCACCAUUAUAUCUGGAAGCCCUGGGUUGAAGAUUGCCAGUGCAAGAAAAGUUCGCUGUGCUAAAGAUGAUAACAGAGCACAAAUUCUUAUCACAUCACAUAUGGCUUACCAGUCUUUCUCAAUUCUUGGUAUGAAGGAGAGCUGUGGAAGAGCUUAAGGAGCCAUCCGCAUUUUCAGAAGAUAGUUUCAAGCCGCUUACAGCACACUGAUGUAAAUGGUCUUGCAAAAGCUCUAUCUGAUUUGAACAUAGGGAGGCAACCGGGAGUUUAUUCCAAUCUUUUCAUGGUCAAACCUAAUAGAAUAAUCUGAGUUCAUGGCUGUUUUUGUUUAGACACCUAAUUGACUGAUUAAUAAGCUUGCCAUUUGCAAAGUUGAUGUUUUGGCCCCUAAUUUUCUGCUUUCUCUCUCCCUCUCUCUGCGUUUAAGUCACUUUGGGAAGACUUGAAGCACUGCGAGACUCCUCUUUUGCUUGUUGUGGGGGAAAGCGAUGCAAAGUUUAUGGCAAUUGCUCGAAAAAUGUUUGAUGAAAUUGGCCACAAUAGGGAAGUCAGGGAUGGCUCAGGCUUGCCAGAUUCUAGCUGCAAGAUCUUCGAAGUACCUGGGAGUGGGCAUGCCGCUCAUUUGGAGAAUCCUCUUGCCAUUGCUCGGGCAUUGAGAAAGUUCUUGACAAGAGUAAAUAAAGAAUUCAUACACUAAAACAGCAAGGUCGGCAAUUAGACCCUCUCCCUUUCUUUUGCUUCCUUGCCUUGUGUAAGUUUACUGCUAUAAUUAUUUUGUCCGGAGGCUCUGCUUUUGCCUUGGAAAGGUUGCUCUCUUCCAUCAA